AUCCCACUCUUCUAGGGGCGGAGCGCAUAUAGAUCAGCCAGGUGGACUUCGUGGCAGCGGCUGCUCAGACUUGCGGACUCCUACAGUCCCUUCACGUGAAGGGAAGAAACUAACAAUGGUUUAAACCUCUCGAUUCCCGAAACUUUCCUGGGGUGUCAUCGGUCGGAAAAUAGAAGGGCAGUUAUUUUCUUGGUAUUUGAAAAAAGGCCGUCCAAUGAAACGGAAUUUAAGGUUUUGUGACUGACACCCACGCCAACCAGCCCUGCCCCGACCCCUAGUAGAGAUGGGCUCAGCCAAGAGCGUGCCAGCCACUCCAUCGCGGCCUCCACCACAUAACAAGCUUCUGGCUCGAGUAGCGGACCCUCGCUCGCCUAGUGCUGGCAUCCAGCGCACUCCUAUCCAGGUAGAGAGCUCUCCACAAACAAGCCUGCCAGCCAGAGAAGAGCUAGAGGAUCCUAAGCAGGCCCAGGACUCAGAAGAUCCUCGCUCUCCUACCCUUGGCAUUGCACGGACACCUAUGAAGACCUGCAGUGUAGAUUCUGAGAAUCCACUGGUGAAACAACUGAGUGAAGUAUUUGAGACUGAAGCCUCAAAAUCAGAUCUUUCCUCAGAGUCCAUUCUGGCCCUGGGAGCAAUUUUGUCUUCUAAACUGGACUUGUCUGUGGAUACUGAGUUAAUCCUGCAGGACCAGACAAAACCUUGGAACCAGACCAAGUUCCCCUCUAAACAGAUGUUGUCCAAGGAGGAAGCUAGACAGCCCACUGAAACCCUCAUGGCCAUCCAGAGCUCAGACAAGUCUUCAAGAGACCUUGAGACUCCCAAAUCUUCAGGUUCUAAGCAUAAUAGACGGAAACAAAACAGCAAGGUACUAGGCAGAUCUCCCCUCACCAUCCUGCAGGAUGACAACUCCCCUGGGACCCUGACACCACGACAGGGUAAGCGGCCUUCUCCGCUGAGUGACAAUGUUAGGGAACUAAAGGAAGGAGCCACUCUUGGAACUGGACAACUUCUGAAAACUGGAGGGCGAGCACGGGAGCCAGUCCAGGACCAUGACAAAGAAAAUCAACACUUUCCUUUGGUAGAGAGCUAAGCCAAGUGGGGGCCAACCUGGACUCAUGCAGGGUCUGGUGAUUGUGUAUCCUAUGGGAUCUUCUUGCCAGUGAGACUGGAAAAAGGCUUAAUUUCUUUGACUUCUCUUAAGUUACUAACUCUGGGACUUAGAGCUUUAUUGGGCUUUCGUUGUGUGUCAUAUGUAUUUCUUAUAUAUUAAAGGAAGUGGUUUGAUUUUUUUUU